CACCAAAUAUCGGUAAUGCGGACUCAACCUGAGCACACAGGUCCGGCUAAUUUGGACCGGAGGGGRGCGAGCGAGACCAUGGAGCCGACGAACGAACGAGACGAGCACCGCGGCGUGUUUGCCGGCUUCCGCUCGGCUUUCAAAUCCUUCGCCACGGAUGCUAUACACGUCGGCCAGGAGCCGGAGCAGUGGUCGUCCAUGGCCGUGGUUCCGCCGAUAUCCCUGUCCACCACCUUCAAGCAGCACUCACCGGGAAACCACGCCGGUUUUGAGUACAGUCGGAGUGGUAAUCCAACCAGAAACUGUCUUGAGAAGGCCGUGGCAGCGCUGGAUGGAGCAAAGUACUCUCUAGCGUUCGCGUCGGGGCUCGCCGCCACAGUAACCAUCACUCACCUGCUGAAGGGAGGUGACGGGAUUGUCUGCAUGGAUGACGUGUACGGAGGCACAAACCGCUACUUCCAAAGAGUCGCAGCUGAAGUUGGUCUGGACGUAACUUUAACCGACUUCACCAAACCAGAGCUGCUCAAGGCUGCUCUGAAGCCAAACACUAAGUUGGUGUGGAUGGAAAGCCCAACCAACCCCAUGAUGAAGGUGGUGGACAUCAAGGCCUGUUCUGACUUGGUGCACGAGCACAACAAAGACAUAGUGGUGGUGGUGGACAACACCUUCAUGUCAGCUUAUUUCCAGCGACCCUUGACUCUGGGAGCUGAUAUCUGCAUGUAUUCAGCCACCAAAUAUAUGAACGGUCACAGUGACGUAGUGAUGGGUAUGGUCUCGCUAAACAAGGAUGAUCUGCAUGAGCGACUAAGGUUUCUGCAGAACUCCCUCGGAGCUGUACCCUCUCCCUUUGAUUGCUACUUGUGUAACCGCGGCCUGAAGACGCUACGUUUGCGCAUGGAGCAGCACUUUAAGAAUGCCAUGGCUGCAGCUAAGUUCCUAGAGGCAGAUCCUCGAGUGGAGCGUGUCCUCUUCCCGGGCCUGCCCUCCCACCCUCAGUACGAGUUAAUGAAGAGACAAUGCACCGGCUGUCCGGGGAUGAUCACCUUCUACAUCAAGGGCAAACUGGAGCAUGCCAACACCUUCCUCAGCAGCCUUAAAAUGUUUGCUGUAGCAGAAAGUCUUGGCGGCUAUGAAAGUUUAGCAGAACAUCCAGCCAUCAUGACCCACGCCUCAGUGCCAGAAAAUGAGAGGGCCACUCUGGGGAUCAGUGAYACGCUGAUCCGUCUUUCGGUUGGACUGGAGGACGAAGCUGACAUCAUUGAAGACUUGGACCAAGCGCUGAACGCUGCACAUCCAAAGAAGAAGUGAAGCGUGAGCAGGGUGUCCUCCAGGUGUCCUCCAGGUGUCCUCCAGGUGUCCUCCAGGUGUCCUCCAGGCUCCAAGAAGAACAAGUGAAGAUCAACUUUCAGGGAACACUUUGUUUCUACAGAGACACAAACAAACAAAACAAACCUGUGAAUGACCUGCAGAUUUUACACAAUAAUCAUUUUUAAUUGCUUUACCAAAGCAUCAGUUGUGUUCUUAUUUAUCUAAUGCUGGUUUUGGUUUGUUUACGUGUUUGUUUUUAAGAUUUUUUUCUCUUUAAGGGAAAAGUGUAAUUUUGUCAAAGCCACACAUAUACAGUUAUUUUCUCAGUUUUUUUUUUUUUUUUUGCUUUGAACAGAAUGAAACUACAAAGGAAAUCUGUAAUAAAAUUAUUUCAUAAUGCC